AUGUCACAGCCAUCCACUCCAAAGAGUCCAUCUACCCCAAAGUCUUUAUCUACCCCGAAGACUCCACCAAUGUCACCAAUCGGAGCUAAAGAGGAGAGUCAGUUGCAGACGUACUUUGAACUACUUAGUCAAUUUGCCUUUGAUUUAAAGCGAAGGAUAUUAUGGAUAAAGAGAAGGAGAUACAUAAAGCAUCAUUUGGUUCAUCUUGGGCACUUAUGGUUCACUCCCUAAUACAGUUUUCUGUAGCAGAGAAAAUAUACAUGUCACUGGGUUUCCUGGAGCAGAAGUGGUUUGGAAGGAAAGAUACAUUAAGAAACUCUUACUUUUUACUACUCGGAGAACUGCGCCGCAUAGAGGACUCUGUGAGACAGCAGGAGCAUAUCGUGCUUGGUCUACCAGGACCAAUGGUUGAGUUUGAGCUCCUCCUGUCACACCUUUGUGGCCAGCUGUGUGAAUAUAUCCGAGCCCGCCAGAAAACAAUGGACUUCUAUGAGCAGAUAAGCACGAUGGGAACCAAUAAGAAUAUGAAUUACCAAGAUCUUGUUGAUGUCAUAGCAGAAAUCAUUCAUGUACACAGUAAAAAUUUUCACCAUCCGAUACUAGCCGGUCUUAAGUCCAGUUUCACGUACGAGUGUGAUGUAAUAAAUCAUCUUUUACAAAGUCAGAUACUCAUGUCACAGGCUGAGUUUCUCCAGACAUUGUUACAGUUACACCAGUCACACAGUAAACUAACAAGUUGGGGGUCAGCAUCACAGGCAAAAGAGUAUUUUAGUAAUUCAGUGUUUGCUGGUAAUUCAGGAUUUAUUGGUAGUUCAGGUUUUGUUGGUAAUUCCAAGUAUUUUAGUAGUUCAGGGUUUGCUGGUAGAUCAGGGUUUGCUGGUAGUUCUGAGUUUGCUGGUAAUUUUGUAUCUACAGAACAUGAAACCUUAUUCUCUGGAAACUCAUUAGGAAUGUGA